CUGUCGCGCGUGGAACCCGCGUAAAAGAUCCGCGCGCGCGAAGGAUCGACAUGAGAUCGAGAAUCCGUUUUGUGCUGAUCGCAUUGCUUGCCGUUUCCGCGAAUACUGCGGCGGAGAAAGGAAAAUCCGGAGAAGUCCCUUGCAUAGACGACAACAAGUUCUAUCGAAAUCCUAAAAUACUGUCGCAUAACGUCUGGUCGCCUACAGAAUGUGCCAAAUAUUUUCUCUGUUUAGAUAAUGAAGUAUUCGAAUUCAAGUGCUCGCAAGGACUCCUUUUUGACGUCUCCAGGCAAAUUUGCGAUUUUAAGACAAAUGUUGAGAAUUGCGAUAUAACUUCAGAUGUCCAACCAGCGAAGCCGUUGCUGAAGAAUGGCGAGUGCGACGAGAAAAGUCUGGCUUGCGGAGAUGGCACGUGCCUUCCGGCUCUGUAUUUCUGCGAUGGAAGCGUCGAUUGUCCUGACGGUUCGGACGAAGGAUGGUGCGGUAAGAGAUAUAUGCAACAUGAUACAAAUGCCGCACCGGCGUGUGACACGCAGAAAUGUCGACUACCAAAUUGUUGGUGUUCCAAGGAUGGGACUCGAAUUCCAGGAAAUCUCACCGUACUCGCUGUUCCACAAAUGAUAACAAUCACUUUCAAUGACGCUGUGAAUGCUGAAAACUUUGAACUCUAUUCAAAAAUAUUUACGAAUGACAGGAAAAAUCCCAACAGCUGUCCCAUAAGAGGUACUUUCUACAUCAGUCAUCAAUACACGAAUUACAGAGAUGUGCAGUAUUUGUGGAACACCGGCCACGAAAUAGCCGCACAUUCCGUUACGCAUCGCGGACCAGAGGAGUGGUGGUCGAAGAACGCGACGAUCGAAGACUGGUUCGAUGAGAUGGUCGGAGUAGCGAAUAUUAUCAAGAAAUAUGCAGCGGUUCGUAUCGGCGAUAUCAAAGGGAUAAGGGCCCCUUUUCUGCAGGUCGGAUGGAAUCGUCAGUUUCUAAUGAUGUCCGAAUUUGGCUUCGCUUACGAUUCCUCAAUCGUCGCACCGUUCUCUGAUUUACCAUUGUGGCCGUACACGCUCGAUUACAAACCACCACAUCCGUGCAUCCACGCGGGACAACUUUGCCCAACUCGUUCCUAUCCGAAUAUCUGGGAGCUGCCUCUAAAUCAACUUUUGGCAAAUGAAUAUACUUGUACUACUAUGGAUUCCUGUCCUUCCAAUUUAUCUGGCGAAGAGGUUUAUAAGAUGCUUAUGUUAAACUUUAAAAGGCAUUAUCUUACAAAUCGAGCACCUUUUGGUUUACAUUUUCAUGCAUCGUGGUUCCAAAAUCCAACAUAUUUUUACGCAUUUAAUAAAUUCAUCGAUGAUGUACUUCGGCUGGAUGAUGUGUUCUUUGUCACAAGUCAUCAGGUUGUGGAAUGGAUGCGCAAGCCAACAUCCGUGGAUGAAAUCGGAAAGUUCGCACCGUGGCAAUGCGCAAAACAGCAUUUUGAAUUAUUUGAAGUCGCCUGUGACUUGCCAAACAGUUGUAAAUUACCCAGUACAGUGCUUAAGUCAUACAGGUAUUUACACACAUGUUUCGAAUGUCCGCAGCAAUAUCCAUGGUUAAGAAAUGAAUUUGGAAUCGAAUGAAAAUGCAGUUGAAGCAACGUAUGACUUAUUCUCCUAUGUUGCUUGUACAUCAUCAGGAGUUCACACGUAGUACCUUAUUUAGAUAUAAUUGUAUUAUUUAUUGUAAACAUAGAUAUAAAAGUGUAUCUUUUUU